CAAUGCAAGGAACGGUAAUAUUAGCGAACACGAAUUAUUUUACUAGUUUAUUGAAAAUAGAGAUGCUUAUCAAGAUUGAGUACACGUCGAUUGGUGCGAGCAAUAUAUAAACGAUUAUUUUCAUGAAUUGUGCAUUUCCUUUCUGUUCUUCGAAAAAUAUCAUCUAAUUAAUCGGAUAUAAUAGUUGUAAAUAAUGCCAAGUAAAAAGAAAAAAUAUAAUGCUCGUUUUCCAGCGAUAACUUAACCUAAAAAAUGCAUCUCAGGGUCGUAUUAAAAAAAUUAUGCAGACCGAUGAGGAAGUUGGAAAAGUUGCUCAAGCAGUACCAAUCAUAAUUUCUAGAACAUUAGAACUAUUCGUACACUCGUUACUUACAAAAACGAUGCAAAUUACGAGUGCCAAGAAUGCUAAGACUUUAAGCCCAUCCCAUAUGAAACAAUGUAUUCUAUCGGAAAGUCGCUUUGAUUUUCUUAAAGAUUUAGUAAAAGGGAUACCAGAUGUAGCAGGACCCGAUGAAGAUGUUCCCACACCACCUUUAACACCUGCUCCGAUAAGUGUAAACAUUUCUAAUGCGACUACAUGUCCACCUGCAGGGUAUUAUUCGGAUCGAAGCUCUCAAAAUCUGUUAUUAAAUGAUAUAAAAGUAGAACCAAAAGUUUUUAAAACUGAGGAAAGAAUAACAAAUUCAAACAUCAAUCCAUCGAGCGAUAUAUCUACUGUUUGUGCUACGCCCCAAGCACCAGAAUUUCAAAUUUCUGUACCUGCAUCAUAUCAAAUUAGUCAACCUAAUUUUUAUACGGAGGUCAAUCCUAUGAAUUCGAGUAGUAAUUCCGACUCAAGUACAACUAAUCAUCCAACAUCUAAAUUUACUCAUACUGCUAAUAUCGAUGAAGAUUAUGACACAUAGUUAUUUCAUUUAGUUAUUUACAACUUUACUUAUAAUACUAAUAAAUUUAUUAUAUUUAAUGAAAUAAUGCAACGCAUAUGUCACAGAAAUAUUUUUAAAUCGUUAAUAAUAUGUUAAGUAUGACAAGUGAUGAUUGUGGUUUCUAAUUGAAGUAGAAUGUACACUUUUAUAUUCAGCUCUAAUUACAUCUUGAGAAUAUUUUUAAAA